AUGGAGGAGAAUUUUCAUACCUUACUAGGCGCAACAGUCGCCUACAUUGGUGACAUGAAGAAGGAUAUGCUCAAACUUAGUUGUGGUGAUGAAUUUCCAGUCAACCAAAUUACGAGUGAAUUCAGUUCAUCUGGGGAGAAAAGUGAAGUUUCUUUUGAUGCCAUUUGUUCGGAUCUUAAAAACAUCAAGAGCUCUUUAUCUCACACUGUUAAUGCUUUUUCGUCAUACAGUGCACAAGUAAAAGGUGUACUUGCGGAUCAGCUAACAUUACAUGACAUUUCAUCUGAGAAUUGUAUUCAAGCGGACCAAAAGUUUUUUCAUCUGCUGAGCCAUUUGGCUAAAGGUUUACAGAGUGGAUUAUUUGCUCGGAUUCGGGAAUUGAGUACACAUUCCCUAUCGAAGAAUCUAUCUGAAUUCAUAGAUCACUAUAACGAGCUAAAUAUGAAAUAUAAUGAACUGUUAAUUGUUUCAUCGGAAGUCCCCAAUAAACAAUUGGGCUUGCUCGAGCAAACCAGUGUCUUCGAACUGCUUGAGAAGGAAAUCAGCAAUUCGGCGAAAGAAAUUGAAUCUGUCCGUUCUAGUUUUGAAUCGAAGCUCAGCGCUGCGACUGCUGAUUGGGAAUAUGAAAGGUCAAAACUGAUGACGGAAUUACACAGGCAAGCAGGCGUAAUUGAAGAGUUAAGAGGGACAGCAGAAGCUAACGAAACUGCGCACCUGUUGCUCAAAGGUGAACUGGGUCGGUUAGCACAAGAGUUCUGUUCAAAAGAAAAUGUUGACGUUGGUCCCAACUCAGCGCUAAAUCAGUUGAGAUCAUUUUUAUUUAAAGUUGUAAAGAAAUGCCCAUGGAUCAAGGAUUCACUUUAUGGGUCCAAUAGUGAAGCGUAUGAUUCAGUACUUCCCAAUCCUAUUGAACAAAAAAAAUCUUUAGACAAAAUAAUACUGGAAAGAAACGAACUUGAAGAUGAAUGUCAUCAGUUAAAACAGAAACUACUCUCACUAAGGGAUUCACACACGGAGCUGAUGAAUAAAUUAAACGUGAAAAAUGAUGAGCUGCAGCUUGUACUUGAGAAGUCUCGAAAAUUGGAAGGUCGUAUCGCACAUUAUCGGGAAAUGAUAAAUAAAUUGUGUGAUCCCAAGAUUGCCACAGCUUUUGCAAACAAUCUUCGUCAAAAUAUACCUUUCAGUAAGGCAGAUGUUCACAAUAAUUCAUCUUCUGCUUCAACUUUGUCAGUAAAUUUGUCGAAUCAAAUCAACAGUUCAUCUACUUGCCUACGAUCAGAACAAGAAGGCUCACUUACGACGGUUAGUAUUCUAUCAUCGAACAAAACUUCAGAAACUCAAUCCUCAUCAAUCUUUUCUCGCGUUGGUGCUACAGUUACAGCAGUUGCGAAUGUCAUUACUUCGCCUAAACGCCCUCAUCCUGCUCCAGAGAGCUCAUGUGAAAGUAAACUUAUUCGUCCAGAUCACUUAGCACAGAAGUCUAAUCAAAUUCCCUAUACAAUACCUGUUGUCGGAGCGACAGGUUUAGGAAGAUGCGAAGACAUACCCUUGCUUUAUGAUUCUGUGGCAAGUAAAGUUCCACCUCCUGUCAUAUCAACAAGAUCACACAAUUUCGCUAUUCCUGAUCGUCCCAUCUUAUCAUCAUCACAUGAAACCGCUUCUGGCGCUAUGAGAAGUGUUGCAUUGCGAAAACCAUUGAUAGAAUUACCUGUCUCAAAACUGAAGUCACCUACCGCCAGUAAUCCAUCAGAUGAUUUUCAUCUGGCUUUUUCAUCUGGUUCCCUGGCAAAGAAAGAGCUUGCAGCUAAUGGCAGUGAUAAAGGUGAAGAUUUUCGUCUCAAGAACUUAGAUUCUGACUUCAGUUUUCUACAAUACGAACCUUUGGCAGAGAGUACAUCUCAGAUACCGCAGGACGUACUGCGUGUUGUUCAUGCCUGUAUAAAGGAAUCCAGCGCUUAUCGUCGACCUGAAAUGGUUAAUCAUCCUACCACUGUGCAGCCGCUGAAUAAGAAAGAUGAUAUAUCUCCGUACUCAAAAGCUGCUAAUCCAUCACCCUGGCAGGUUCCGAUAUGUGAACCCUCGAGACAGUAUUCUGAUUUCAGGUUUUCGAUACUAAUCAACAGGGACCGUGUAUCACUGAAUGCUUCUAUUUUCUAACCCAAACAGAACAGGUCCUAUUGAUAUUGCAUGAAACUGCCGAAUAUUACAAAAGCCAAUUCACUGUUCAUUCCUUCAGUGCAGUGAAGGAUGGAUAAACAUUGAUUGAACACAACUUCCAUUAGUUUCAAAUUUACGGAAUGGAAGCUCUCUCCCUUCCUAUAUAUAUAAAUACUGUCAACUGCUUUCUUGUUCACACCAUAUGGCAUGUUCCCUUUGUAUUCCCUUUUUAUAUCCUCAGUUUCAUACUACUUAGUACUUUUGAGUAGUAUAACUCCUUUUUACAUCAUUUACAUCCUUGAUUGCUGAUUCGGUUUAAUCGUAUCUUGUACACUAAUUAAUAUCCGUUGAUAUCAACAUCUUGCAUAGUUCAUGAUGGUGUUUUAAUUCCUUUCGUUGUUCCCUGGUGUUCUAUUAUACCUUGAACAUUUGUUUACCUUGCAUCUUUACUUCAUCGUGAGAACUUGGUCGCGUCCUUUAUAUUCCCUUCUGGCAGCUCUGCUGUUUUACUGUUCAUGCACUCUUUGCAAAGUGCUCUGAUCGCGAUAAACUCGCAGAUACCUCACGAUUCGAGGUUUAUAUUUAUUACUCAAUAUUGAUUAUUAAUGUAUAACCAUAUUUCAAACAAAUCCUGUGUUUCGGAUUUUACGCGUAGCUCCAACGUUUGGUUCAUUGUUGAGAAGUCGCUUGUUUGCUUUAGUUUCGUAUUUCUUGGAAAGAAAUUCAUUUAUGCAAAUUGAUUGUUUGGUGGAAAAAUAAUUUAUUUAAGAGCAGUUUGCAUCACAAUCUGAUAUCAUACAAUUAGUUCCCUUAAUGAACUUGAAUAAAGCAGUGAGAACGAAGGUGUAAAAUAAAUAGACGUCAUUUUAUUUCACAGGUUUUUCAUGGGUUGGAUGUAAUCAGUAUGAGAGAAUUAAUGAUCACUAACAGAUAUUAACAUACCUGCACUGCAGCAGUGUAAUUUCAUAUUAGAUUUGACUAUUUGAUAUACCACAGAGUGAUACAGUAUCAA